GACUUUUAUUUUUAUGCUAGGAAUAUUUAAUAGUAUGUGUAUUACUUGCGUUGGGCUAUCUAUAAAUACUUAACCUCCUGAGGUCAGAAGUCCUAAUACUAGAACAAAAUCACAUUAAUGUAAACGCCCAAUUUUUAAAAUAGCAAUUUGGAGUCAACACCCACUGUACUAAUACUAGAACAAAAUAUUUUCCGUCAUCUGCCGCGUUUGAAUUACGUGCCACGUUGUGUAUUCAAUGUCGUUUAGUUUGUAAAUAUAUUUGGCAUUGUGGCAGUGCACUGCUUUCAAUGGACAGGGAAAUUUUUUUCGUUCUUCUAUCAUUCUAAGUCGAAGCGGUGGCACGUACAACGAUAAAAGAUAGUCAAAUAUUAGAGAUACUACAUCAAUCAGAUUUCGAAGACGACGAGGGAGAUCCUUUUACAGGAGAGGAUACUGGUAAUGAGUACGUUCCAGAUAGGAAUAAUGCAAGUAAAACCAGUACUAGCUCAGAAUCAGAGUCUAAGAGCCCCCCACCAAUUCUGAAAAGUAGUCGAGGACGAGAUCGAUCGCGCAUGCGAGCCUGUAGUCAUGCACAUUACAGCAGAAAAUGUGAUCGCACUCCGCAAUUUACUAGUGCUCAUGGUGGCAGCAGUUCAGAUAAUCAGUUUACAUGGGCUGUAAAGAAUUUCACAAAAAACCUUCCUAUGCUUUCUGAGCCAUCGUACUCGAUACAAGACAGAACAAAUUUUUCAAAAUUAGACUAUUUUGCUCAAUACUUUGAUGAUGAGCUAAUAGAUAUGAUCGUAGAUAAAACGAAUCAAACAGCCGUUUAUAAAACAGGAAAGAGUCUGCUAAUAACAAAUGGUUCGGAAAAGUCAUCAGGAGAUGCUAAGUAUAUAAAAUUUAAGCCAUCACCAAAUUUUAAACACAUGAAGAAGUAUUUAAAGUCAAAGUUUGAGGAGGAUAAGAUAGCAUCUGCAUCAAAUGGCACUGCUGAGUCUUCUUCUAAUAAAACUACAGAAAAUGGCAAUAAGGCAAACAUACAGCCACCGUUACCACCAUAUUCCCCACCACCAGACAGUCCCACUAACUUUACUUUCAAAACUGAAGUCGAGGAUGACUCAUAUGAGUUAAAUUCGGAGGAAAAAACAGAAAAUGGGCAUAUGAAAGAAUAUUCAAUGGAGUUAAAACCAAAUAAACGAAAGAAAAUUAUGUGUAAAGACUUCGUAAGAGGAUGUUGUAAAAGGGGAGAAGCUUGUAUUUAUGCUCACGAAUUAGAUUUAGAUCAACUCAAUGGCGUCUACAAGUUUUGUCGCGACUUUGCAAAUGGAAAAUGCAAAAGACUCCUAUGUGUUUUCGUACAUGCUACCACAUUUGAGAAAGAAAACUUUUUUAGGACUGGUAUUUUGCCACCUCAUACAUUGAGCCACUUAAAAGAUAUAAAUAUAGUGCGACCACAAUGUAUUCCAGGAGGCCCACCGCGUGAAACUGUACAGCCUGUAUAUGCCAACUCACCUCCAGACUUACAUACGAGUGGGGCCAUUCCUCCAGUACCUUUAUUGAACAUUCCGCAAUCAAGUGUGAAUGGAAAACAUCCUCAGGAUGAGUACCAGUCAUCAAGCACACCGUCAUCUUCCAUUUCUGAACUGAGCCGGGAAUGUUCAGAAAGCGUGCCUUCUACCGUAGUGUUUGAUAAUGAACCUACACCAGAGGAAUGUCUCGGUUGUGAAGUUUAUAAAAUAAGGUAUCAGCAACAACUGGCGAAAAGGGAUGCUUUACUAAAAUCCACAAAGGCGCUAGAUGAGAAUAUAGCUAAGUUAUCAAAAAAGAAGAAUUGGCUCACCGCAGUAUUAAAAGUCAUGCUAUCGGGUCCGGACACCUACAGCAAUAGUGAUACGAGUGCCUGAAUGUACACAGGUGUGAUAAUAAAAAUAUUUGUAAGCA